GAGAAAGAAAGAAAAACUUAAUGGCUUCUCAAACCUUGCAUGAAACAAAGAAAUCACAAGCUAAGAGAGCACUACGAUCCCUUGCUAUAGGAGUUGCAAUUCCCUUUGCCCUCACAUUAAUCAUAAUCAUUCUCUUUGGUUCAGGCCGAAAGUUCAAUGUCUUAUCCAAGCCUUUUUGGUUUGCACCGAUUUGGUUCAUUAACUUAGCCACAUUGGGCUCAUCUUUCUUCAUGGGCCUUGCUGCUUGGUUAGUUUGGGCUGAUGGUGGGUUUCAAGGUGAAUCAGAUACAUUGGCUUUCUACGUAGCUCAUAUCGCUCUAAGCAUUGUGUGGCACCCACUUGUGCUUGUUAUGAAUGCAUAUUGGCUUGCAUUGGUAUCUGGUAUUGUUAAUAGUGGAACCCUCUUAAUUUGUUACUUAAGGUUUAGAAAGGUUAAUCCUUUUGCUAAAGAUUUGGCUAAACCGUGUCUUGCAUUGACAACAUAUCUUACUCUUAUUAGCUUCAAAUUAAUGCUUCUUUGAUUAUAGUUUUGUAUAGUUAUUGUUGACUUGAUAAUGGAAAUUAAUACCCAUCUUAAAUUAUCAUAGGAUUGUGUUUAAGGAAAAGAUAAAUGUAAAAUUGUUAGC